GCCCGAGUCGGGAGGAGGAGGAGGAGGAUGAUGAAGAGCAGCUGUUUCUCUGUAAUCUGGCCUCUAAUCUCAUGUUCUGCUCCGUCACUCAGCCUGGAUUCCACCGCUGCUGGUUCCGGGAGGUUCUGCGGGUCCAUUUUCAGGCGGAUCUGGAGCCCAGAGCAUGACGGAGCCUCCCCCGGCGGGCCGGUGACCCCCGGUCAGUGCUGCGUGUUUGGGCUGUGUCUACCUGCUGGUCUGGGUCAGAUCGGCUCUUUCCGUCCUAAUUGAGCGUGAGACCGCAGCGGAGCCAAUAACAGGCCUCCUGCUCCUCCUCCUCCUCUCCCUCCUCUUCCUCAGCGGCUCCGGUAUAAAGGCCCCCCCACUCUCCCUCAGGUCGGUUUUCCUGCAGAACCUCUCGACUCCUGCCAGCGCCUCCCGGGCUGCAAGUGGCUGGAUCUUCUUCACCGGUGAAUCCAGACAGGGAACUUCCGCCCAACUUCGAUUCCGCCGCCCCGGUCCCUCCUCUCCCCCGCCGCCAUGGGCUCCGUGCUGCCCGCCGGCUCCUCUCUGGCCCUGAAGCCGCAGCAGCCGCUCUCCCUGGCGGACAUCAUCACCUCGGACAUCCUGCACAGCUUCCUGUACGGCCGCUGGAGGCACGUGCUGGGCGAGCAGCCGCCGCACGCGCACCAGCAUCACCUGCAGCACGAGGAGCGAACCGGGCCGAGCGCGAGCCCCAAGACCGCCUUCACGGCAGAGGUGCUGGCCCAGUCCUUCUCCGGAGAGGUCCAGAAGCUGUCGAGCCUGGUUCUGCCGAGCGAGGUCAUCAUCGCCCAGAGUUCGGUUCCGGGAGAAGGACUCGGGAUUUUCUCCAAGACCUGGAUCAAAGCCGGAACCGAGAUGGGUCCAUUUACCGGCCGCCUGGUCUCACCGGAACAUGUGGACCUGUACAAGAACAACAACCUGAUGUGGGAGGUGUUCAAUGAAGACGGGUCGGUCCGGUUCUUCAUCGAUGCCAGUCAGGAGGACCAGCGCAGCUGGAUGACGUACAUCAAAUGCGCCCGGAACGAGCAGGAGCAGAACCUGGAGGUGGUUCAGGUCGGCAGCAGCGUCUUCUACAAGGCGGUGGAGGUCAGAAAGUAUCACUUAUUGUUGUCUGAAGCUGGUGUUUAACUGAAGUCCUUCGGGGU